GCCGACUCCCCCUCACCAUGACAACAGCAAAUUUCUAGCACAGUAAAAGGACGGACCGUAACCUCAGCCCCUCUACAGUUAACAGCCGAUUAUUUUGUAAAAUAGUGCCAUUAAACGCAGUGUCACUGGGAUAAAUUUCAUGUAGGAAGGCCAUCUGUGCCGUCAGGGAGCUUCAUGAGCGGGAGGCCGGACGGAGACAGAGGGAGACGCCGUCUGACUGUGUGAUCAACAACAUGGCUCUGCUUCAGCAUCCCCGGCUGCUGCUCGCUUGUCUUGGGCUGUUACUGCUGCUGUUCGCCUUCAGCAGCAUCGACGCUCGGUCUUCGCCGAUAUCGGACUUGAAAUCCAAAAUAUCCGGGGUGGAGGAGCUCUUGGAGGAAUUCCGCAAGCAGCUCCAGCAGGACCAGACGUACAGGACAGGUGAAGCGAUGGACUCCUGCGUGGGCGACUUUAGCGCCGCGGAGGAGCGCAUCAUCCGGGCCAAGGACUCCAUCGAGCAGGGAGCCACCUUCCUGCUGGCCCCGGACAGGGUGUACACCUGGAAGGACUGUGUGCACGCCUGCUGCUCCCAGCCUCACUGCACCCUGGCGGUGCUCCACGAGGACCAGAGGCAACCCGGUGACAGUCUCCGUUGCUACCUGUUUAACUGCACUUACAGGAGUAAGAAUGUGUGCUCCUUCUCGGCGCAGAAAGGCUUCACCACAUACAGCCGAACCCCCAACAACACAACGCAGGGACACCUCCCUGUUUCAUCCAGCGGCUUAGCCCGGAGGCCCGGGGAAGGACCUCCCGAUGGGGAUGAUGGAGAAGAUGUGGAUGAACCUCCUCGCAGUGACGCUGGGCAGGAUGUGGUGAUCCAGCUCCCCACAGACUGGGCUGUGCUUGACGGCCGCGACAGCGUGGAUGACCACGGCAUCAGCCGCUAUGAGUGGACUCUGAUUAAAGGGGACACAGCCAUCAAUAUGAAGUCAACACAUCCAGGGCUGCUGAAGAUCAGCGGUCUUCAGGAAGGAGUCUACACAUUCCAGAUGACAGUCACUGACAUGGUGGGACAGAAGAGCUCCGAUAACGUCUCUGUCACCGUACUGGCUCCAAAACACCAAGCAGAAGUGUGUACCGGUCACUGCUCGAACUACCAGUUUAAGUGUGAUGACGGCUGCUGUAUUGAUAUCACCUACGCCUGCGAUGGGAAGCAACACUGUCCAGACCGCUCAGAUGAAGAUUUCUGCCCGAACUUUGAUGGCAGCCGAAAGUCAGUAACCCACACUGUGGACCUGCCCAGUCCUCAGCGGCCCGUAGCUCAAACGAAGGAAGGUGGAGACGUCUCCAUGUUCCCAGCUGGCCCCAGGAAGACCAUCUCGCCACAAGACACAAGCAAGGCCACUCCCCCACAAAGUGCCAGUGAGCAGGGGGCUUCAGUCAGUCAAGAUCCGUGUGUUGCUGCUCCAGUUGUGGGACCCUGUAAAGGCACCUUCCCGCGGUGGUAUUAUGACCGAAAUGCAGGAGAGUGCAAACACUUCCUGUACGGAGGCUGCCAGGGAAAUCACAACAACUUCCUCCAGGAGUCUGACUGUGUCAGUGAAUGUAUACAAAAAAGUCCAGCUUUCAGGCCUGCUAGUGUGGCCCCUCCAGUCACCAAACAGACUGAGAUAGCUUCUUCUAAAGUGUCCCAGAGCCAAGCUGAGAGUGACGCCACCAUCUCCAAACCAUUUCCAGUCAUGGGAGGACACCCAGUCCCAGAGUCAGGUGCCAUCCUUCCUCUGGCACUUGGCCUGAUCAUCACCGCUCUGCUGCUGCUCAUGAUCGGCUGUCGUCUCAGGCUCGUACGCCACAAACUGAAGAAAGCGCGUCCCCUCACGACAGAGGAGUCGGAUUACCUCAUUAAUGGCAUGUACCUGUAGCCAAUCAGAGACCGGAGAGACGGACGGGGUCGCCAGAGCCCGAUCCAGGACGUUCUGAAUUUGCACUCUGCAUUUCUUUGAUGUCUCCUAAGCUCUGCUGCCAUGAGUGUUUCCGAACACCCCCACACUGAUCCCCUCUGACUGGCACUAUACAGCUGAUGCUGACAGAAGCCACCUUCAGAAUCAGUGAACAUAUUGAGAUGCUUGUGAAUUCAUAUUUAUGUCUGAUGAAUUAUCAGCAUUUCUCCUUUAGUUCUGAUACAUAUGCUAAAACAGACAUUUGUCUAUUAUAUUAUAACUGAUUCCUGAAACACUGAUUACUUUGAGACAAACGUUUUAAUUUUACUGCACAAAAUAUGCUUUAUUUCUGCCUCUGAGUGACAUUAAUGUGCCAUAUUUGUGCUGUACAUUGUAAUCACGUUAGAUUGCCAUAAGGGUAGACACAUAAAGCAUUGAGUGCCCGUUACAGUGCUAUAGGACUUGAUGCUUUAACUUAUUUCAUGUCAUAUACACAGUGUUACAUAUUACACAUAAUCAGAGUCAAAUAAGGAGGUCAGCAAUAUGUACUUGUAAUCCGUGUGAGCCAAAAGCUCCGGCUUCAGUCUUUACUCUGCUCCAGACACUUUUUUCCUACUCCUAUAUCUGUAUGAUGUCAGUGAGAGCAGAUAUUCAUAAUUUGGUUAUCUUAGACACACAUCUGUGGCUGUGACGACAGAAGCCCCACCCACCUGCCUUUCAAACCUUCUGUUCAUGAGGAACAGCCAUUCUGAGAAACAUUAGAUGUGCUUUCUUUGUCCCAAAAUGUGGAGCAGCCAAAACAUGAAAUGCAACCUAUAAUAAAAUGAGCAUAAGUAGUAGAGUAAAGCAGUGGUUCUUAAACUGCUGCAGCUUGGGUGUGAACACGCUAAGUUGAAAAAACAGGAUUUUUUUUUUUUUUAAUGAGAAAAUAAACACUCGAGGCUUUGCUGAGUCUAUUGUGCUGACCUUUAUUUCUCUAAAAUUCAGCACUGACCUUUGUUAUUGUUAGUAACUGAUGAAAAUUGUGGAGCGUAGGGUGUGAAUUGUUCUUGGCUUCUGAAAAGAGGUGUGCUAGAAAAUUUGAGAAUUACUGGCUUUAAGGGAAAGGAGCUCAAAGAGAGGAUGAACCAAGGGGCUGCACAAAGCCCAGCCUGGCAAAUAAUAAGGAUUAUUUUGAAUUUUGAAUCAUACAAAGCUACUCUAUCAUAGUCCAAAAUUAGCAUUGUGGAGCUGGAAAUUAUCGUGUGUCCUUUAAAGAUUGCCAGAAUCACAUAAAGCUAUAGCAGAGUCUUUGGGUGAAUUUCUAAUCCUGUAUAAGUUUGUUGCAUAUUUUUCUUUACUGAGGCAACAUGUGGAGUAUAUACCUUAUAUCUAUAUAUUUAUUUUGGCAAAUCUAUUCCCUGAAAGUGCUCUUUCAUGUAACAUAUUAAAGUUUAUUAUGUAUUGAAAUAAAUACUGGUGAUAUCGAUCAACAACAGUAUUUACAAAACUGCACUAGGUUAACUUUUCACAUCAUUACCUUUAUUAUCUGAGGACAGAAAAAGUUAUUAUGAUGGCCAACAUAACUGUAGAGUUUCAUCUUAAAAUUGUAUGAUUUUGAAAAGUGAAAAUUAGUUCAAACAUUUUUUCCCUUUUAUUCUGCUGGCAUUUUGAUAAUGGCAUC